GACAUUAUCCAUACUAUACACAGACUCACUCUCCUGGCAAUGGUUAGAAUCUGAGUCCACUCUCCGUUCAUGAUACCGCAACGUUCGCUCCGGCUGCGGCCCGGCCUGCGUGCUGUUUCUUCCUCGUUGUCCUUUCUUCGAACAAAGCCGCAGAAUAGAUCAACUCACUAUGUCCCUCAAUUAGGGCACGAUGCUGCCUUCAAAAAGGAUGGGGUGCCUGAUCUCUUAUCGCCGCAGGGAUUCGAUCUCGCAUGGGUUCAAUAUCAGGGCUUCCUGAUCAACAAAUUGAAUCUUUUAACAGCAGGCACACCUGAUGAAUCUGCUACUCCUGGCACUCUCCUUGUCAGAUACGCCCGCGAUGCCAAUAUGGCAUCAGUUUUCAACUAUGCCUCCAUGGCCCACAACAACCACUUCUUCUUCAAUUGUCUUUCACCUCAGCACGUCCCCAUCCCCGAACACCUCUCCAAAUCCAUUGAAGACUCUUGCUCCUCCGUCGAGUCCCUGAAGGCCGAAUUUCUCGCAACUGCCAACGCCAUGUUCGGCCCGGGAUUUGUCUGGCUCGUUAAAUCAAAGGAUACCGGCCAACUCAAAAUCCUCACGACAUACAUCGCCGGCUCCCCUUACCCUGCUGCGCAUUUCCGCCGCCAACCCGUAGACAUGGCAACACAGACCACCGGCAUUACGGGCGGAGAGAACCUGGAACAGAUCAGAAAACUCACACCGACGAACCGAGUAGGGUCCAUGGGUGCGUAUUCUAGCCAGAAGUUCAUGGCGCCUGGUGCUAUUGACAUUCAUCCGAUCCUCUGUGUGAAUACCUGGGAGCAUGUGUGGCUUCCGGACUGGGGUGUUGGCGGAAAAGCUCAGUUUUUAGAAUCAUGGUGGAAUAGGAUCAACUGGGACGAAGUGGCUCACAAUUCCUCUCAAGCUGGGCCGAUUUCAACACGCGCGGGCACUGCGAGAUCAUCGUACAGGCGGGGUGCGAGGUUCUAAGUUGAUAUUUCAACGGGAAAUGCAAAUUAAAGAACCCGAAUAUGAAUGCAAGAAUAAAGUUGGAUUGGGUUCUAUGUCUGUCUAUUCUGUAUUAUACAUGUAUAUCUCAUUAUGUUCAUGCUUUUCUUGUCCCACUAAACAUUUACACCCCCAUAUCACCUGUGCUGUUAGAAAUUUGGCGAUAUAGACGGUUAUCUAU